AUGAUUGGUCGUAUUAUGAUUCGAGCCUCGUCGUCACCGGCCAAGCGCAUCACCGUGUCAGGCCUCCAACUUGCUCUCUUCCUCAACUUCGACCUCAUCCACGUCUAUGCCAUACGGGAUCACCACCUCGAUACGCAAGAACGACGGCCGCUGGCAAAAGCCUUACCAAGGACCCCUAUAUCCGCCUUUGUACGCACCGUGAUAGCCAUACCGCUCCUCGCGCUAUGUAGACAGCAUGCCCCAUUCGCGUGCCCCUACCUCUCUUUCUCGUCACCCGCACCCGCACUUCGACGAACGUCGUCUGUCUCCGGGUCUCUCCCCCCGACGCCUUCCUUGGCGUCGACAUGA